CUGGCAGACAUCCAUCCCGCCCAGGACGCCCGUGGGGAAGCCCUCGCUGCCUUGGGGAGGUAGGGCAAAGCCAGGACCUUCAUUUUAUUUGGGAGCCAGUUUUUGGUCUUGAUUUCGCUGCCACGUCUCCUUUUUCUGUGAAUCCUUAACGGGUAAGAGCCAGCUGCCCUGUUCGUCCAGCUUGGUCUGGUUCAGUAACCGCCGUGCCCGCUGGCGUAAACAGGCAGGAGCCAACCAGCUGGCAGCAUUCAACCACCUUCUGCCAGGCGGCUUCCCACCCACCGGCAUGCCCACGCUGCCCCCCUACCAGCUGCCAGACUCCACCUACCCCACCACCACCAUCUCCCAAGAUGGGGGCAGCACUGUGCACCGGCCCCAGCCCCUCCCGCCGUCCACCAUGCACCAGGGGGGCCUGGCUGCGGCCGCUGCAGCCGCAGACACCAGCUCUGCUUACGGAGCUCGCCAUAGCUUCACCAGCUACUCCGAGAGCUUCAUGAACCCGGCAGCGCCCUCCAACCACAUGAACCCUGUCAGCAAUGGCCUGUCUCCUCAGGUAGGUGUCCCCACACCCCCGCCCAAGGUCCCAUCACCAGAUGAUCGCCAGUCCAGCCAGCGAGGGUUCUGGGGGACACAGGCUGACUUUCCCUUGGGGAAGAAUGGCUGUUGGACACCUUGAGAGAGUUUAAGUGGGAGGCGGGGAUGCUCCUUCCACCUGCACUUGUCACUAUUCUGUGACCCUUCACCCUGGGUUUAUCUUCUUCAAGCCACAGACCUGGGUGACCCAGCGGGCAGAUGCAGAGAAAAGGUUUCCAUCACAGGUUUCCAUAUUUCUCACCACCCAGAGCUUAUUAAACUGGCCCAUCACCCCCCCCAUGGCUGUUCAGUCCAUAAAAGUCAGGCAUUUUCAGCGCGUUGAUGGAAGCCUUGCACCAUUUCCUAUGGGAUGCUGACUGGUUGGGGCUUUGUUCUAGAAUCGGGAGUCUUUCCUGGAUUCCAUCCUGGGCUCCAUCUCCCACUUUGGUCACUAGGAGUGACCAAUGAGUGAAAGAAAGGACCACGUACUACUGGUGGAGAGAAC